AUGCAGAUGAACAGUCUGGAGCUUCCCUUCGGCAGCAGCAGCAGCGGAAACCUUCUGGGAGGAGGCUUCGACACCACCAGCGGCGGCACCUUCGGCAGCAACGUCCCCGGCGGCAACUUCGGCAGCAGCAGCGGCGGCACCUUCGACGGGUCCAGCGUCAGCUUCGGCAGCAGCAGCGGAGGCAGCUUCGGGACCGGCGGAGGCGGAGGCUUCGGCAGCACCUCUGGCGGAGGCGGAGGAGGCUUCGGGGCCACGGCUGGAGGUGGAGGCGGAGGCUUCGGCAGCGCUGCAGGAGGGGCAGCCGGUCAUGGCGGAGGCGCUGGCGGUCUAGGUGGAGGUUUCGGUGGCGGAGCCGGAGGCAGUGGAGGUUUCGGUGGCGGAGCAGGAGGCAGCGGAGGUUUCGGUGGUGGAGUGGAGGUUCUGCUGGCGGAGGUUUUGGAGCCGGCGGAGGCGGUGCCGGAGGACUUGGUGGCGGCAGCGGAGGUUUCCACGGCGGUGCCGGAGGAUCUGGUGGCGGAGGCUUCAGCGGGGGAGCAGGCGGCGCUGGCGGCUUUGGGGUCUUGGUGGCGCCGCUGGAGGCUUCGGAGGCGGUGGCGGUGGCGGCGCCACAAGCACCAGCGGAGCUAG